ACAAGAAUCCUCCUCCCCUCCUCUCCUCUUUGAGCUUCUCUCAGCUUCAAGCAAUCACACAAACCCACUGCCACUAUACUAACUCGGAAGGAAAAGAAAAGGAUGGCCGUCUCCAUCCCGUCCUCAUCCACUCUGCUCCUCGUCUUCCUCUUCUCCUUCCUCGUCUCGCUCGCCUCCGCCUGCGACCGCUGCGUGCGCACCUCCAGGGCCGCCUACUACACCUCCUCGCUCACCCUCGCCGCCGGGUCUUGUGGGUAUGGCACGGCGGCCGCGUCCUUCAACGGCGGCCUGCUCGCCGCGGCCAGCCCCGCCCUGUACAGAGACGGCGUAGGCUGCGGCGCGUGCUUCCAGGUGAGAUGCAAGGACAAGAAGCUGUGCGGCGCGGCGGGCGCCAGGGUCGUGGUCACGGACCGGGCCAGGACGAACCGCACGGACCUCGUGCUCAGCAGCCCGGCGUUCGCCGCCAUGGCCCGGCCCGGCAUGGCCGCGCAGCUCGCCAAGUUCGGCGCUGUCAAAGUCGAGUACAAGAGGGUGCCGUGCGAGUACAAGGGGAAGAACCUCUCGGUGCGUGUCGAAGAGAGGAGCCGCGCGCCCAACGAGCUUGCCAUCAGGUUCCUCUUCCAGGGCGGCCAGACCGACAUCGUCGCCGUCGACGUCGCACAGGUGGGAUCGUCGAAUUGGAAGUUCAUGGCGCGGGACAGCGGGCCGGCGUGGAGCACGAGCCAGGCGCCGCCGGGGCCGCUGCAGUUCAGGGUGGUGGUCACCGGCGGGUACGACGGCAAGUGGGUGUGGGCAGAGAAGGAAGUGCUGCCGCGCCGGUGGCGCGCCGGCGAGGUCUACGACACGGGCGUCCAGAUCACCGACGUGGCGCAAGAAGGCUGCUUCCCUUGCGACACGCAGGAGUGGAGGUGAAUGCCACGGCGAGCGAGAGGCGCAAAGCCAAAAUGACAUCUGGCCAUGUGCUAGUACGAGCCAUGGGAGGAAGGAGGACACGACGAAGAAGAAGGAAGCUCCUCGUUACUGCCGUUUUGGCCGUGCUGGCUUUGAACGAGCAGAGUCCAGAAACACCAGUUACUAGAGAUUAGGGACUGACACGGUGACACAAGUAGAGUUCCUGAUACAGGGGCAACUUUUGCUGUUCCUUCUCCUCUUCUCCAACUCUGAUCAUCCUCGUUGUGUACAUGAUCGAGCUGCUGCUGCUGACGUGUAAUGAUGAAGUGAUUAAUAGAUGACGGCGAGGCUCCUCUGGCCUCCUCAAGCUUGAACUGAUCC